UCUGAUUCGGAUUCUCAGUACUUCUCUGUCAAUGUGAACACUGGGGUUAUAAUGGUCAGCGAGCGCAUAGACCGGGAGCAGCUCUGCGGGCAGAACCCCCGCUGCUUCCUCCACUUGAAACUUGCCAUCGAGAACCCUGUGGAAUUUUACCGCAUUGAGGUGGAGAUCCUGGAUAUCAAUGACAACCCGCCCGAGUUCCCGAGUGCUGAGGUCUCCUUGCGCAUCUACGAGCUGGCGUCACUGGGUGCCCGCUUUCCCAUCCAGCCUGCCCAGGACUCUGAUGUGGGCACCAACACCUUGCAGACCUACCACCUGAGUGCCAACGACAACUUCAACCUCAAUGUGAAGGCACGGACAGAUGGCGGGAAGUUCCCUGAGCUGGUGCUGGAGAGGGCCCUGGACCGGGAGCUAAGAGCUGUCCACCGCCUGGUGCUGACUGCUGAGGAUGGGGGGUCUCCCCCCCGCUCCAGCAAGAUGCACAUCACUAUUCAGGUCCUGGAUGCCAAUGACAACCACCCAGUCUUUGACAAACCAUCAUACGGAGCCCGCUUGGUGGAGAACUCCCCAGUGGGCACUCUCGUCGUGAAGUUAAACGCCACCGAUGUGGAUGAAGGGCCCAAUGGAGACAUCCGUUACUCCCUCAGCAGUCACAACUCAGCUGCCUUGCGCCAGAUGUUUGCUAUUGAUGAGCAAACUGGGGAGAUCCGUGUGCAGGGCAAGCUGGACUUUGAGGAGGCAACGGUGUAUGAAAUAGAGGUGGAGGCCAAGGACAUGGGAUCACCCACAAUGGAGGAACACUGCAGCGUGGUUGUGGAAAUCGUUGAUGUGAAUGACAAUGCCCCUGAGGUCAUUCUUACCUCCUUCUCCAGCUCCCUGAGUGAAGAUGCUCUGCCGGGCACAGUGGUGGCUGUGAUACAUGUCAGAGACAAGGACUCUGGGGAGCAGGGCAAGGUUCAGUGCCACGUGUCUCCAGAUCUUCCCUUCCAAUUGCGUAAAGACUUUGAGCACCAAUACUCACUGCUAACCAGAACCUAUUUGGAUCGGGAACACGUUGCCUUCUACAAUGUCACCAUCUCUGCCUCGGAUAUGGGGAGCCCCCCACUUUCCCAGCAAACCAUCUUGCCAAUUGCCCUUGCUGAUAUCAAUGACAACGCGCCGCAGUUUGAGCAAGCAUCCUACGAAGUGUUGGUGGCAGAAAACAAUCCAGUGGGCAGCGUGCUCAUCAUUGUCUCUGCUGUUGACCCUGACUCAGAGCAGAAUUCACGCCUUUCCUACUCCAUCCUGCGAGUUGGUGGGACAGAUCCAGGUCUGGAUCCAACUCGCUACCUCUCCAUCCAUCCCACAAGUGGACGGGUCUCAGCCAAACUCCCCUUUGACUAUGAGCAAACCACCUAUUUCCAGUUCCAUGUGGAGGUUUCUGAUGGUGGUUCUCCAGCCCUCAGAAACAGGACGCUUGUUCACGUCUUCAUAGCGGACCAGAAUGACAAUGCUCCAAAGGUGCAUUUCCCUAGGAUUGAGGAGGACUCUGCGGCCCAGUUCCGAAUUUCACCCUUCACCUACCCCCCUGCUCUCAUCACCAAAGUGGUGGCAAUGGAUGCUGACUCGGGGCGCAAUGCUUGGCUCUCUUACCACCUUGUGGAAGCCACGGACCCCGGGCUCUUCAGUGUGGCCCUGCGCUCUGGGGAGAUCCGGAUCAUGCGGGCCCUGCAGGAAAAUGAUGCCUCAGCGCAUGAACUGCUUGUGGUGGUCCGGGACAGCGGAGAGCCUCCUCUCUCCACUGCUGUCACGCUGGUGGUGCUGGUGGAGGAGAAGGGUCCAGAGGCCUUGCAGGGCUCUGAGGCUCAGGCCACAGACAGCGGAGGCUUACCCACAAUUACGCUUUAUCUGAUUGUUUCCCUAGUCCUCAUCUCCACUGUCUCUCUGGUGGGACUGGCAGCACUGGUCGUGCGGUAUCUCCGACGGGGUUCUACGCCCCCUGCACGGGGCUGCUGUGUGGAGAGCGUGGACACGCUGCGCCCUCCCUCCGGCCCCAUAUUCGGGCACUCGCGUUACCAGCCCAAGCAAGGGGACACGGUGAUGGGCGUCCAGGUGAUGGCCACGGCACCCCCCGCCCCGCGCUACCGCUCCUGCUUUUCGCCGGUCUCAGACAUCAGCGAAUUCAUGUUUGUGAAACCUUCCGUGGGUCCGGCCGGUGCAAACCUGCUGGAGCACAUGUCCCUGGCGGCGGGGGUGCGCCUCCUCGACAGCAGGCUGGACCGGGAGGCUCUGUGCGGCCAGAGCCCCACGUGCUCCCUGCACCUCCAGCUCGUCAUGGAGAAUCCCCUCCAGCUCCACCGGGUCGAGGUGGACAUCCUCGAUGUGAACGACAACGCGCCGCAGUUCCCCAAGCAGGAAGUGGCUUUGGAGAUUACCGAAGUAGCCAACCCCGGGACUCGGCUACCCCUGGAGGUAGCGGAAGACCCAGAUAUGGGCUCUAACUCUAUUGCCACCUAUGAGCUCAGCCCCAGUGCGUAUUUUGCCCUGAGUAUCAACGUGAGAGGAGAUGGUGUUAAAAUGCCUGAGAUUGUCCUCGAGAAAGCACUGGAUAGAGAGAAAGCGGCUGUCCAUCAUUUAACCCUGACAGCCCUGGAUGGAGGGAAUCCAGUGAAAUCUGGCACUGCCAAGAUCGCCAUCCAUGUCCUGGAUGCAAAUGACAACCCACCUGUAUGUGACCCACCCAUAUCCAAAGUGCAUCUGGAGGAGAACGUGCCAGUGGGCACUCUGGUCACCAAGCUGAAUGUUACCGAUUUGGAUGAAGGCCCCAAUGGAGAAGUGGAGUAUUCUUUCAAAACAAGCAAUAAUGCACCUGGGAAGUUCACCAGGUUGUUUGACUUAGAUCCUCUGACAGGGGAGAUCAGAACCAAAGCCCCACUGGACUAUGAGGAAUCCAGCGCUUAUGAGAUUGCAGUUCGAGCCAGAGACAAGGGAUCGCCGGCCAUGGAGGGACACUGUCACCUGCGAGUGGAAUUAAUUGAUAUCAAUGAUAACAGUCCAGAGAUUGUGCUGACCUCUCUCUCUAGCCCAGUGCAGGAGGAUGCAAUCCCAGGAACUGUGAUUGCCCUCAUUGGUGUGAAAGACAGCGAUUCUGGUGACAACGGUCAGGUCCGCCUGCAGAUAGCGAAAGACCUCCCCUUUAAACUUGUGUCAUCUUUCAAAGAGCACUUCUCCCUGGUCACAGAUGGUCCCCUUGAUCGGGAAAAGGCCAGUGAAUACAACAUCACUGUAAGGGCUACGGAUUCAGGGUCCCCACAGAGGUCUGCGCAAAAAACAAUUUUCCUCCAAAUUGCUGAUGUGAAUGAUAAUGCACCAAACUUCUCCAGCCCUUCCUACACAGCUCACAUUCAAGAAAACUCUCUCCCUGGGACCUUUGUCUUUUCAGUGUCAGCAUCUGACCCUGAUGAGGGAAGCAAUGCCAAGUUGUCUUAUUCCAUGCUGGACAAUGGGAUGCAAGAUUUACCUAUCUCAACUUAUUUCCAAAUAGACCAGGAUAAUGGCACCAUCUACACCAUCCAGGCUUUGGAUUACGAGCAGGACAAGGUGUUCCAGGUGCCUGUGGAGGUGAAGGAUGCUGGGUCUCCCGCUCUGAGCAGCACUGCUGUGGUCCAUGUGUUUGUCAUGGACCAGAAUGACAAUGCCCCCACCAUUGUCUACCCAUCUGUUCCCAAGGGCUCUGCCUUCCACCAAGCCAUCCCAGCCUCGGCAGAACCUGGCUAUUUGGUUAGCAAAAUUGUAGCUGUGGAUGCUGAUAGUGGCCAUAAUGCCUGGCUGUCCUACCAGCUGGAGGAAACUGCUGAAACUUUGCCUUUCCGCGUAGAGCACCGCUCCGGAGAGAUAAGGGUCGCACGGACCCUCCGGGAGUCAGAGGCUCCCUAUAGGCUGGUGGUUGAAGUGAGGGACAAUGGGACACCGUCCAUCUCGGCCUCUGUGGCAAUAGUCAUCUCUCUGGAGGAGAACAUGCAGGAUUUUGCCAAGUCUAUGGACCUCCCCAAAUCUUCUCCCAAGGAUCCCAACAUAACUCUUUACCUGAUCAUCUCCCUUGUGUCUAUUUCCUUAGUGUCUUGUGUGACAUUUGGCAUCAUGGGUGCCAGGUGUCUCAGAGCUGGCUCUGGCUCCAGCUGGACCCUCAUGGGCUGCUGCCGAGGGACAGGCCGCAAGCCCACCUCCCAUUUCCGCGGGCAGCUGAAGCCGGACGGCUUCAUCAAGUACCUGGACGUGGGAGGCGCGGGCCUGACGUCCCAGGCACAGCAGUACACCUCUUGCUUCUCUCCCAUGUCCGAUCAAAGCGAUUUCCUCUUUGUAAAACCUUUCAGCCAUUCUAGUACCGCCGAAAGCAUGGCUGCCUAUGAACAGGCGACCAGCACCUUAGCGAGUCCCUGUGAUGGGCAAGCUCAGCCUAACACAGACUGGCGCUUCUCUCAGACUCAGAGACCUGGAACCAGUGGCUCCCAGAAUGGAGAGGAAGGUGGAGCUUGGCCGAACAACCAGUUUGACACGGAAAUGCUUCAAGCCAUGAUCCUGGCUUCAGCGAACGAAGCUGCUGAUGGGAACGCGACUCUGGGCGCAGGAACAGGCACCAUGGGCCUGAGCGCCAGGUACGGCCCCCAGUUCACCCUGCAGCACGUCCCCGACUACCGGCAGAACGUGUACAUCCCGGGCAGCACCGCCACGCUCAGCAACGCCGCGGGCAAGCGCGACGCCAAGAACGCGGCCUCUUCCGGCGGCAACAAGAAGAAGUCGAACAAGAAGGAGAAGAAGUAGGGUUGACAGGAGACCAUCUGCAGCUUAGAUCUACAGGGCAGACCUCUCCAGCACUCCCCCAAAUUGCAGCCUAGGACGGAGGACGAAUGUGAAUCUUGCGACGCUAAAGUAGGAAAAGCAACGAAUGUAUCUCAUCAUCAGAGCUAGGAGUAGGGUCUCGCUACUGUUAGAUCUCAUGAUGAAACUCAAUGUGGAAACAAAACCUAA